AUGAUGCUGGGGGAGGAUGAGGGCCUCUACGCCAAACAAGGCGAGAACAACGAGCCGCUUAGGCCAGAUGGCGGCGCCUUUGUGCCGAAGUGCGUGGGCGACGCCAUCCUCAAGGUGGACUGGGUGGAGCUUCGGUAUGGAGCCCUUGUGGAGGUCCGCCUGAGGUAUGGGCCAGAGCUACAAGAUGUCGCUCCUCAGUAUGCCAAGCAGUUCGAGCAGGCCAAGAGGGACGCGCACAAGAAAGGCCGCAAAGGUGGUGCGAUGUGCUCCAUCCUCGUCCAAGUUUUCCCACCGAACCACAGGCCCGAUGCGGAGGCCGAGGAGGGAGGUACCAUCAUCGAUGAGAGCAUCCCCAAGGAUAUGGAGAUCGAGUAA